AUGUGCUCGUAUUUUGAAAGAUUGUCAUUUGAUGCUAAUAGAUUAUUUGUCUUGUUGUUGGAAUUGAUGGGAAUGUUAUUUGUAGUUUCGUGGAUUGUUUGGAGAAUUGUGAUUCAAGUGAAUGAAACACUCAAGAAUGGAAUUGGAAAGAGGAAUGUCAUUGGAUUAUGUCAAUUGAUUGUUACUUGGCAAAUUUAUUUCGUAUUUCGAUAUGGAGCUUUAACAGAUGCCAUGAAAUUUCAAAUGUUUAUCAUGCUCUUUGUCUAUGAUUGGUCCUUCUUAUUGAUUGGUUUUGUGACUGGAUAUCUUUUCUAUUUUUCAAUGGCUAAUUAUCAAUCAGUGAUGGAUUCAAAUUGGUUCUAUGUGAUUUCAUUCAUUUUGGCAAUUUAUUUCUUGAAAUCACUCAAAAUGUUUGUUGCUAAUUGUUUGGAAAGUGUUGGAAACUUGUUGAGAUUCUUUGCUCGUGUCAUUGGAGGUCAAGAAUAUCCUGUAGCUGGACAUUCUCAUCAAGAAUAG